AUGGCAGAGGGUUUAAUAGAACUAAAAUCAUCUGGUGGUGUAGACAUUGGAAGUGAACAAAGCAUUCAAUAUUUCCUUGAUCGCUUCUAUUUGAAUCGAAUCUCCAUUCGAAUGCUUCAAUAUCAACAUUUGGUUGUUUUUGGCUCAGUUUUACCAGAAUCUCCUAACCAUGUUGGAUGUAUAGAUCCAGUUUGUGAUGUAACUUCCGUUGUUCAAGAUGCCUAUGAAAAUGCUCGAUUUCUCUGUGAUCGUUAUUAUUUGAAUGCACCACAAUUGGAAUUGGAUUGUUUAAACGCCCUUUCGCCGGGUAAAAAAUUGUCUGUAGUAAUUGUGCCGUCACAUCUUUACCACAUUAUGUUUGAAUUAUUUAAGAAUGCAAUGCGUGCAACGGUGGAACACGUUGGAAUGGAUGAGGAUUUACCUCCUAUAAAAGUUAGAGUAGUGCGAGGUAAUGAAGAUCUCUCAAUAAAGUUAAGCGAUAAAGGUGGUGGAGUCCCUAGAAGUAUUAUAAGUCGAUUAUUCGAUUAUAUGUAUAGCACAGCACCACCCCCUCCAAGAGAUGGAAGUCAAGCACCUCUUGCUGGUUAUGGGUAUGGAUUGCCUUUGUCUAGGCUUUAUGCACGAUAUUUUCAUGGAGAUAUGUUUCUCGUUUCGAUGGAAGGAUAUGGAACUGACGGUUUUUUACUUAAAACAUUAUAA